CAUGUGACACAAAAUGUGAUCUUUUUAACCUUUUCAGAGUCCUAGACAAAUUAACCUUCUAAAUGCAUUUCAAUUUAAUUUGCAAUUUACUUCUCUGUGAAGCUACGGCGAAGGCCUCGUUUUCAGCUUCGAAUUGAGGAGGCAUUGUGAGGAGGAGGAGCUAAGAAAUUGCCUAGUGUUUUGACUGCGAAUGAACUGAAGUGUAGGAAUGUGUUUUUGAUGAUAAUCUUAGAUUCAGGAUUGACUGUUUGCAGAAACCUGAUUUGUACGAGAGCUCAUUUCUUAGGUCAGCUGCAAAGUGAACCAAAAGCUCAGCCAUUAAGUUUUUGCAGAUGACAUUUUAAAUCUGUGCGAAGAAGAAUGUCGUGCGAACUGUAUCCUGAUCACCCAGAACGAUGUGACAUAGUUUUAGCAUUAAAAAGAACAUCAGCUUCAUUGUCUCUAAUUGGUUGUCUGUUCUUGAUCUUCCUGAUAUGGCUUUUCAAAAAGUACAAAUUCUUUGGCCAGAGAAUGAUACUUUCCUUGGGUAUUGCAGCCCUCUUGGACAGUAUAUCUUACAUUAUGGGUGACAUCUAUCCAGAUGGGAAGCUUUGUGAGGCACAAGCUUUCUUGAUGUCAUAUUUUGAUUGGUCAGUAUUGUGCUGGGUAUGUUGUAUUUCAUUCAAUUUGUGGUUGUUGGCCGUUAAGAGGAUGUACAAAAAAGGAUUUGAAAAGUUCUACCAUUUUGUCAGCUGGGGAAUUCCACUGUUCUGGGCAGUCCUUCCUUUUGUUGGUGAUCAUUACGGACCUGCGGGAGUCUGGUGUUGGAUUGAUAAUAACAGUUAUGCCUGGAGAUUUGGGGUCUGGUAUGUUCCAUUAUUUAUUCUGAUCAUUGGAAUGGUUUUUACCAAUUCUUACAUUGUCUGGAAGGUUUACAAAGAGGCGGCUGAGUGGGAGGGUACGUUUAGCCAAGAGCAUGAAACAGAUAGGAAACUUUUGAAAGAGGAAGUUAAACGCUUGGUGGCCUAUCCCAUCAUUUAUUUGGUUUUGAGCAUAUGCCCACUUAUCUUCAGAAUUCAUAAUGCCAUCCAUAGAAAUGGCCAUUCCAGUUAUCCUUUGCUCGUUUUAACCGUCAUCUUUGGCCCUCUGCAAGGAGCCUGCAAUGCGAUUGCAUUUGCGAUUGACCAAGAAACAUGGAGGCGCCUCACAUGGACAGAGAUAAAGCUUGCGCUGCGAUCAAGAUCAUCUUCUGGGUCUGGCCAAGUUAUUCACAAUUACAGAGUCGAUGACGUGGCUCCAGAAACCCCAGGCCAAAGCUCCACGUAUUCUUCACCUAGAAGUACAGAUGACGGUAUCGCGAACCCUUUGGCUUAAUGGAAGACAAUUUCAGCAUUCAAUAAACACCAGUAUAUAUCGAAUAUUUUUUUGUAUUUUUUUUUAAAACGAGAAAUGCCGAGAAUGGCUUAUGAGUCUAGGAACUGGUAAUGACCAGUGUUGUGGGUAUGGCUUUAAUGGUUCAAUGGGAUUUUGAAGCGAAUUAUAAAAGCUAUCAUUUAAGUUAUUAGGCAACAAAGCCAAAAUCUAAUCAAGUCCAGUUUGACGUUUAACCCAAAACCUAAUCAAGGCUUUUUCAAUCAUUGGUGAAAUCCCUUAUGUAGAAUACGUCCUGCAACUCUUACUUUGAUGUACAAAAGCAUUUUCAUUCUUUGCUUUGGUAGUAGGCUAGGAUCGCCUAUUUUUUUGAAACGUAAAUUGAGUGACUGUAACAGUUUUUAAAUGGGGAAAACGAGUGAACAGGGAUGUAAUUAGUUACUUAGAAUAUGAAAUGGUUUUUUGCAAAAGUUCAAUUUAGCUCAUCCUACAAAUAUGUUGUUGAGCUUUGCUGUAAAGAAUGUCUGUAGACUUGGUUUAAUUAAUCCAAAUCCAUUUGUUGGCUCACUUUUGAGCUCCUAGUGGAAAUUGUUUUUCGGAUGAAGUUUAGAGCCACGUCAUUUAAGCGCCUUCUUACUGUUUUUCGUGUUAAAGCUGAAUGAAACUUAUUUUCACAUUAAAUACUGUAACCAGAGACACGUGCAAUAUGCUGCCACGUGACCAGCUUCUGGGUGAGUAUCCAGUGUCUACUAGGCCCUAAGCAGUCCUUCUUAUUUCCUCAACAUAAUUUACAUCCCUGUUCACGAGCUUCUUAAAUUCAACUUAAAAGGGAAAUUCCAUUUAUUGUGCAGGGGUGUUUCCUAAAUAGUGUGUACUAAGUUAUUAUAUUAACAAGUAAUUUGUAUGCAUUCAUAACCAAAAAAUGAAUCUGAUUGAAA